UCGUCGACCAAAGUCCGCUCCAUUCUAAAUAUCUGGUUGGUGGAACUAAUCAUCAGAUUCGGAAUCACCUUCUCCGCCUUGAGCCUGGUUUCUAGCCGUCGUGGGCCUCAUGUCCCACUCGUGUAAAGCUUCCUUUUCCUUAAAUACAUCAACCACUCGUUCUUUCAUUUCUCAACAAUAAGAAACGGCUUCGUCUCUUCCACGUCAUACUUAUCCGACGAUCUUUUCCGAAACAUCACCUAGUAUGAAGGAUAAAUCUGACCCAAGGAUGCAGCCUGAUUCCCAUGGCCCGAAUCACCAGAUCGUCUCUCAUAAACUAGGGGUGUGGCGUUUGGUGAUGCUCAAGGCAAACUCUAUCGAUGUCUUGAGGAAUAUACGGGACGUAAUUACCGCUACACCGCUCUUUUUCAGGAUGUCAUUCGAAAUCUAUGCCCUGGAUCCCUUCCUCACGACACUUUACGUAGUGGCACAAUUCUCUGGCUUGAGCUCACUGCUGCACACAGAGUCUGCCUUGAUGCUGUAUUUGUCUAACAAAAUGUUGAAGACUGUGGGUACUAGUUGUCUUAUUGCGCUGCUACUAUCGAGCAUAUCUUUCCCUGUAGAUCGAAACCGGUAUUAUCCACGGAUUCACCAAUUGCGACUCGGUCCUCGCCAUUAUUGUUGCGCAACUGGCUUGGAUCAUCGCCGCAGGCUCUCUGACUUGGUACGAGGUCAUUCCUGCCCUCAGGCUCUUGACACGCAACGAUGAAAUUCAUGGAGCCUGGGACUCAUUUUCAGCAAUAGUAUCGUUCUUCUCUCAGAUUACGUCUAUGUGCCUUCAACUCGUGCUCAUCGCUCAAGCUGCGCGCGAAAUCGGUCACCCUUCUUUCGUAGUGAUAUGUAUCCUGAAGCCGCUGUACGAUAGUCUAUCUCAGCAUGGUUUGUGGGGCUACGAAUAUUUCUACCAUGCGGAAAAUAGAGACUUCAAGCGAAU